CAUUCUUGCACAGAUCACCAUGGAUCGAGCUUUGAUCUGGCUCUCACUUGUUUGUUUUUUCCUGGCCUCCGUUACCUCAGAACCCAAGACAAAGCAACGAGAUGUGGACAUAUACAGCUUCCACAUAAACUCAACAGUAACCAGUCGCUACGCUAUCACAGUCAUCACCAGUCGUGUGGCAAAUAGCCUCAAUGAAUCUCAGGAAGUUCAUUUCCAGGUGAAGAUACCCAAGAAUGCUUUCAUCAGCAAAUUCAGAAUGACCAUUGAGGGGAAGACAUAUGAUGGGAUUGUUAAACAGAAAGAGGAGGCUCAACAGCAGUACAGCCAGGCAGUGUCUCGAGGUCAAAGUGCUGGACUGGUCAGCUCUGUGGGCAGGACCUUAGAGGACUUUAAAACCUCAGUAACAGUGGCUGCACUCAGUAAGGUGACAUUUGAACUGACCUAUGAGGAACUGCUUAAGCGUCGUCUGGGCAAAUAUGAGUUACUCAUCAAUGCCCAACCAACACAGCCUGUGGCAGAUUUUAAGAUUGAUGUUUAUAUUCAUGAGAGUCCAGGCAUUUCCCUCCUGGAGGUAAAAGGAGGACUGAGUACUAAUGAGCUGACAGAUGCAGUCACAACCACACGUAGUGGCCCAGAGGCUUGGGUGAAAUUCUAUCCCACUCGUGAACAACAGAAAAAAUGUAAAGUUUGUGGAAAAAAUGGCUUAAAUGGUGACAUGAUCAUCUUAUAUGAUGUUGACCGAGAGAAAUCCAAAGGAGAACUAAGGGUAUCAAAAGGUCAUUUUGUCCAUUACUUUGCACCCACUGAUGUCCAACGGAUCCCCAAAAAUGUGGUUUUUGUCAUUGAUCGAAGUGGCUCCAUGAGUGGCCGGAAAAUAGAACAGACUCGUGUGGCAAUGCUAAGGAUCUUGGGAGAUCUCUCUGAAGAUGACCACUUUGGCAUAAUUACUUUCAAAGGUAGAGUGGAUACCUGGAAACCAGAACUCCUCAAGGCCACACAAAGCAACGUGGAGGAUGCCAAGAAGUUUGUGAGACAGAUCACUGCUAGAGGAUCUACUGAUAUAAAUGCUGCUGUGCUGAAAGGGGUGGAGAUGAUCAACAGACACCCACAAGAGGACUCUGCCUCCAUCCUAAUCCUUCUUACAGAUGGAGAGCCCAACACAGGUGAGACCAACAUUGGUAAAAUACAGGACAAUGUGAAGAAAGCCAUUCAGGGAAAAUUCCCCUUGUACUGCCUGGGAUUUGGAUUUGAUGUAAGUUUUGAGUUUUUAAAGAAAAUGGCCAUGGAAAAUGACGGUGUGGCACGCAGGAUUUAUGAGGACUCAGAUGCUGAUCAGCAACUUCAGGGAUUCUAUGAGGAAGUGGCCACGCCACUACUGACAGAUAUACACAUAACCUAUACUGGGGCGGCAAAUGUGACACAAACCAAUUUCAGCCAGUAUUACAAUGGAUCGGAGAUUGUGGUGGCUGGACUGCUCACAGACAACAGUUUGGACCUCUUCACCAAUGAGAUCACUGCAACAUCAAAAAGCAAAAGGAUGGAAUAUCAUGACACCAUUGAUCCAACCAUUCUUAGUAACUUGACUGGGUUUGAAGAUUUCAUUGAACGACUUUGGGCCUACCUUACAGUAAAGCAGCUUUUGGAGAAGGAACUGAUGUUGGAAGCACAGGAGAAAGAAACAGUGAGAAAAGAAGCCCUGGAUCUCUCUCUAGAAUAUAACUUUGUGACGCCAUUGACCUCUAUGGUGGUCACCAAGCCCCAGGAAGAAGACAUUCAGGUUGCCCACAAACCCAAGGAAAGAAAAGGAGAGACAAGAACAAAAACAAGUCGACGUCUCUCAGCAACUGCACAGCACUUCAAUAGUUUUGGCGCAUCUUCAAGGAAUUCCCAUAUUCUUGGCACAUCUUCAAGGAAUUCCCAUAUUUUUGGGAGACCUGUACCUAACCUCCUUGGUACUGGCGCAGCUGUACAUAACCUCCAUAGUUUUGGCACAGCUGUACAUAACCUCCAUAAUUUUGGCAGACCUGUACCUAACCUCCUUGGUACUGGCGCAACUGUACAGAUGAGCCAUAGGCCUGGCGCUCCUGGUCAUCAAAGGAGAAUCAAAGGUGGAUCACUGGAUGGUCUCAAUCAGAAUAGUCCUGUGAUCCUUGAUGACUCCAGAAUUUUUCAUCCAACACAUGCUCCACCAACAACCACUGUUCUAUAUGCAAGCCCUGUACGAUUCCUAAUUCAAGCACAGGAUCAGUCUGAACCUCUCUGCUAUGACAUUCCUGCAUCCCAGAGGCUCAGACUCCUACAGGACCCGAGCUCUGAUUUCUCUAUGAAUGGUGAGCUCAUUGAGUCUGGUGGCACUGGUUUCUCACAAAUCACCAUUUUUUACAAAACUGAUCUUCACAUGACCCUGAGCACCAGUGAGAUCAUUUUUUCUGAUGGGCAGAAUGCUGUGAAAUUCCUUUGGAAUCAGGAACCUACCACUCAUGAGACAGACAGUGUGUCACUGAUCCUGAGGAACAAAGAAAUGGAUGUUUCCAUGGGAAACACUCGUGUCGUUAUUCUCCUUCAUGGACAAGAUGGGAAUAGUUUCCUAUGGCCUGCAGUUAGACAGCGCCCAAGUAAAACCACCUUACCAGGUCUUUUUGGAACACUUCCUGUCGCAUAUACAACAGUCACACAAUCACAUUCAACAAUACUGAAGAUUCUGAAGAUUCAGGGUCAGGAAGUCCGAGUGUCCUGGAACACGGCCACAGACUAUAGUAUCCACUCAGCACCGAGAGUGGGCUGCUGGUUGGUGCCGUUUCAGGUUGCUAUGCAAGGGGAGCUAUCUGACUUCACUGUGCCCAGUCUAUAGGGGACCGCAGCAUAUUAAUCCAAAUCAUGAUCAUGCUUUUUCAGCCCAUGCAUUCUGCAGUCUUGCUCUCAAAUCUUCUUCAAUCUGCAAUUUCAAUCUCCAAAGGAAGUGUGGUCAUCACAUUUAAAAAAUGAACAAGUUUAUUUUCCAAAAUAAAAAGUUGUACAAGCUUG